AUGAAGAACUCAAAAAUAUUAGGAAGAAUAGAAAGAUGGAAUGCACAAGUAGGGAAAUUUGGAGUAAAAUACGAAAUAUUAUCUUCACCAAAAUCACAGGUCAUUGCGGACUUUUUAGCAGAAUUUCCAUUAGAAGAAGGGGAGAGCGUAGAAGAAAUGAUCGGUAUAGAUGAAGACCAAGGAAAUCCCAAAGACCUGAUAACAGAGCGUAACUCAAAAAGAUGGGAAAUAUUUGUAGACGGAUCAGUGAAUAAUGAGGGAAACGAUAUUGGUAUAUUGUUCAUUUCACCGCAGGGAGCAAGAAUGGUGCACACGUUCAGAUUGGAGUUCGCGUCUACUAAUAAUGAGACAGAAUAUGAGGGAGUAAUGCAUGCAUUAAAGUUAGCAGUAGAAAUGGAUUUAGAUGACAUCAGAGUAACUAGUGACUCACAAUUGGUAAUACGUCAAAUACAAGACGUUAUGAUAGUGGAAAAUGUAGAAGAAAAGGAAGUAGAUAAGGAGGCAGAUUGGAGAGCACAACUUCAUUUAUAUCUGGAGAAGGGAGAGGUACCAAGAAACAAAUUAGAGAUGCACAAGUUAAAAAGUCGGGAAAAAAUUACGAAUUAA